GGGAAGAGAGCAAGAGAUGAGUUUGUGAGGUCUCCGAUGAGGAUGCUCUGCUGAUGUGACGACCCCAUCAUCGGCCCCUCCAAACCGGUGUCCACGUUGAAAGAAAAUAGAAAAGAGAACCUUCCUUCUCUUCUUCCUCUUUCCCGAUGCCAUCUCUCUCUCUCUCUCUCUAAAGGUUGCCACCACUAGGGUUCUUUCUCCCUCGACUCCCAGGAAUGAUCAGUUCUUCGCUUUUCUACUGAAAAGGUACUAAAUGCACCUCUGCUUUCUCAGCUCUGAUGGAUCGCGUUCAACUUCUCUGUUUGAUCCUAGUUGCUUGUGGAUUUUACAGGAAAUGCUCCGCCUUGAGUUGGGUUCUUCUGGGUUAUAGAUAAAUUUCCUGUCUUUGAGCUUAGUUACUUGACGUGAUGAGAUAUGCCUAGUCAAGGGAAACAAGAUCAGAGCAACAAUUGUGCCAUGGAGGAUUCUACUAUGACUAUAGAGUUCCUCCGUGCACGCCUGUUGUCUGAAAGAUCUGUCUCCAAGUCUGCAAGAGCGAGAGCUGAUGAACUUGCACAAAGGGUUGCAGAACUUGAAGAACAGUUGAGAAUUGUCUCAGUUCAAAGAAUGAAGGCUGAAAAGGCAACGGUGAAUGUUCUUGCAAUUCUGGAGAGCAAUGGAUUGAGUGACGCUUCUGGGCCAUUUGAUUCAAGCUCUGACCAGGAUGAUGAAAGUGAAUUCGGCUUGGUUAAUGGGUCUUCUAAAGAAGUGCAAAGUUCUGUCAAUUCAAAAGCUAAAAACAGCGAGUCUGAUGAGCGCUCAGGUUCCGACGAGUUCAUCCCUUCUACUGCCAGAAGCUUGUCCUGGAAAAGUGGCAAGGAUGGAACGGGAUCUAUGAAAAGGUGCAAGGACCCAGCUCUGAGAAGUUCUAACACCUUUACUUCUGCUUCGUCUUCUUCAAGACGCCAACCAGGAAAAUCAUGCCGCCAAACACGACGUAAAGACACAAGAGCUGGUGACAUGGAAAAGGCCAUUGAACAGCAAGCACAACUCAUUGAAAGAUAUGAAGAGAUGGAAAAGGCUCAACGAGAAUGGGAAGAGAAGUUCAGAGAAACUUCCAGCAGUGCACCGGAUUCUUGUGACCCUGGGAACCGCUCAGAUGUUACUGAGGAAGCUCCAUAUGAGAUUAACGAACAUCCACCACAUGCUGCUAGGACUAUCGUGUCCACCAACCACGUGGAAAAAUCUGAAGCUGGAGAUUUUCCAAAAUUCCAUCCUAAUGGCAGUCUACAGCAGACUGUUAACAAGGAGCACCUGAAGGUGCAAAAAAAUAGCAUUGCACCUACUUCGGGAUCCCGCUGUCACGAUUUUGCCUGCUCUUCAAUAGAAAGUAAGCAUAAUGAAGCUCAGCUUGCAAACAUCCGGAGUUCACCCUCUAGUAGCUCCCAUGAGCAUCAACAGACACAUGGUACAAAUGAUGCUCCUGGCAGCCAAUUGAAUCUUGACUUCGAAUCCAAUAGAGCCAGUGAUAUCAACAAAGAGAGAGCUUCUCAAAGCCAAAGUGAAGUACACGCAUUGGUUCCACACAAAGCACCAAAGGAGUUGGGGAUUCUGGAGGCUCUUAAGAAAGCGAAGCAAUCACUACAACAGCAAAUUGACAACAUUCCAUCUGCUGUAAGUAGCAGUCCGGUUGGAACUUCUUAUGCUCUUUCUUCUCUUCGGACAACAGCACCUGUGGACAAUACACCUGAAAUACCUGGAAGAUAUCCUGGACUUUUCAGACUACCAACUGAUUUUCCAGCUCCGGGUAGAAGUGAAGGAAACAAAUUCUCUUCUCUUAAUACAAGAUUGAGUCUGGAUAGCGAACUCUUGGGUCCCAGUAGGGCCGACAUCCUCAGCUCCAGUGCCAGAUCAAGUUUUGAAAACCAUCAUUCUGGGAAAGAAUCAAAUAAUCCAGAAGCAGCAGUGAGUAAUCAACUUGUUGCUAUGCCGCAGUACUCAGACCCCAAGAUGAAUUUUCCUACAGACAACCAUUUGCUUACCAGCAAACAAUAUGGUGCUUCUAUCCAGAGGCAACGGAUCGAUCCAUCCAUAGACAUGGGUUUACCUUCAAGUAUAUACCCUGCAUUCCCAGUUAGUCCUGUGUAUGGUGAUCUGAUGUUCCGGAUGCCUCCUUCAGAAGGUUUCUCAACAUUUCCUGGAAGUAGAGCUGCUGAUGGGAUUCUCACAUCCCCAACAGCCGGUCCUGGGUAUGGCGAUUUGAUGUUGCGGAUGACUCCUUCCGAAGGCUUCUCGACAAUUCCUUCAGGUAGAAGAACAACAGAUGGGAUUCCACCUUCCGCCGACCGUUUCUCAUUUUCCAGUCCCUACUCUCCAGAUAUGUACAGAUGAUGGAAUUCUUUGUUUGCCAUUGAGUUUAGCAGUGUGUGGGCUGUGCAUGACUGGUGAACAAGAACUUGUUUGUAUUCGUGUACGCUAUACGGCUGUAGUUAGACAUACUUGUCUGGUGAGCUCUAGAGGCUCCAACUGUUGUACCUUAAACUGAGUGUAGAAGAGAAAAACACGAUACCAGGUUUUGUAUUCAGGAAACUAAAGGGAUUGUCCCAACCAAGUCACACGAUGAUUUUGAUUUAUCUGUUUUAGGCUUGAUGAUGUGCUAUAGCCAAUAAACAGUCUGAUCCUUUGUACAGUGCUUCCAUUGGCAGUGUUAGUGUACCUGCAAUAACAUCAUCUGUGGUGAACUCUUUACGCAGAAUGAGAAAUUGUGCCAAAAUCCAUCGUGAAAUUCUUUGAACUCUUCCCACCACUGUUUCUUUAUCUUA